GAACCGACUGAGUGGGAAGUAUUGUUUGUUUUGACAUCUGAAACCGCUGUCGUCAGUUUUGAUCGUCAUCAUUCAUGGACGCUUGGUUGACUAAGGAUACAUCGCCAGUGAUCCUGAUCAAGUGGCACGCACAAGCCAGUGUUGACUGUUCGAACAGGUUUACCGAGUCUGCUUUCGAUCUUCCUCACAGCUCUGCCACGGGCUCAGUAUUGUCACCGGCUGGUGUUAAUGUUGAAGACAAGAUGACGACGACUACGCCAAAUGAAAGAAAAACAUUUGCGGUGAGAUUUACGGAGUUUGGGGACGCCACCACGUACCACGGGCUCCGCUAUGUCAUCAAUAAUAAAUACUCUCGCUUUCGAAGAUUGGUGUGGCUCCUCGUGGUCCUAGGAAUGGCAACCUGGCUGGGGGUGAACAUCGUAAAAGCAACGCUCUUGAUCAUGCAGCAUCCGGAGUCCAGCUCCAUCUCUCUCAACUACGUGCCUAGGAUCGUCUUUCCAGCCGUCACCAUCUGCAACAUCAAUCUCCUACGGAGCAAUGCCCUGAAUGAGUCUGUCCUCGAGACUCUGGCCGAAAUCUACGACCACUCUGUACCCGAUUAUCACCAAAAGGGCACCGGGGUGGAUUUCGGUCCCGUGGACGCCUUGUACCAUUACCCCAACGGGAGCGACUCGACGGAGACCAUCUUCAGUGCCUCGCAUCAGAUUGAGGACAUGUUGUCUCGAUGUAAGUGGAGGCAUGAGAAGUGCUCCCCAGCCAACUUCACGCAGCGUCUGACCGACCAUGGUGUGUGCUACACCUUCAACGACCCUCCGGACGAGAGAGAUGUGCUGCAAGUCUCAAACCCUGGAAGUAGUAACGGGCUCUACAUGAGAUUGAACAUCGAGCAGGAUCUGUACACCUAUGGAGAGAGCACAUCAGCUGGCAUGAAGGUCAUGCUGCAUCCACAGGGCGAGUUCCCCAUCGUCAAGGAGUUUGCGUUGUCUCUGACUCCUGGCUACGAAAUCUCUAUUGCUGUGCGAAAGCAGAUGAUUAGGACCCUAAAAGCACCGUUCAAGUCAAAUUGUACGACCUCAAGCCACCUGAGAGAGUUCCCCUUCAAAUAUUCCGUGUCGGCCUGUCAUUUUGAGUGUAUGAUUCGAUUCGUUGUCGACCAUUGUGGAUGCCGUGACUACAGGUGGCCAGUGAAAGCACCGAUAUGCUCUGUUGAAAAGCAAGUGACGUGUGUCUACCAUUACGAAGAUGAGUUUGUCUGGGACAGCGAUGCGUGUAGCUGCCAGAUGUCUUGUGAAACCUUGACCUACGAAAGUGUGAUGUCCCAGUCAUACUGGCCGGCUAAACAUAUCGACAGAGAUAUACGAGAGCAAUUCGGCUUACCCCCAGAGUUUAUCAGGGAAAACUACAUGGAUGUGUACGUUUUCAUGGAGGAAAUAAUGUAUAUGGAAAUCCAGCAGCAAGAAGCUUACACACUGGAGCACUUCGAAGGUGACAUCGGUGGCUACAUGGGUCUUCUUUGCGGUAUGAGCCUGAUCACUCUAGUGGAAUGGCUAGAUUUCAUCUUCCUUACUCUCUGCAAGCGGCUUGGCUGCUCGACAAGGACCAAGUCUGCCGAUGUCAAAGCUUGAAAGGGAACACUUUAUGACAAUGACACUCAUCGAGUUUGACAUGGUGCAAAUUUGAUUGAGACGACUAUUAAAAUAAAAAGCACACAGCUUUCUUCAUCAAAGUAUAAUUAUGGGUUUUUAGACUUGGUUUUGAAAAUCAAAAUAUGGGUUUUUAAAGGUUUCCUGAGUCCCAAAAUAUAGGACUUUAGGGUACAAUUUUUCAGCAUGAAGUAGAGGAACUAACCUCAAGUUCUCCACUCAAAAUAGAGAUGAUAAGCAAUUUGUAAGAGUUCCGGAUGUCUGAAACAGUUGUAAAUAAUCUCAGCGAUGUUUAUUGACAAUGUGGUUAUUUUGGCAUUAUGAUAACUAAAUUGUGGGUCAGUAUGAGUUGUAUUUAUUCUUACAAUGUUGGUAAAAAGUAUGGCAGAAUAACAAUGUAAAUUUUAAAAAAGGUUAUAUGGGUUGUAAAAAUAUCUUAGAGAUGUAUAUUGAAAAUGUUGUUUAUUUUGGCAGUAUGAUAACUAAAUUGUGGUUCAAGAGAUUUUUAAAUUUCUUAAAAUAUUGGUUAAAAGUAUGGCAGAAUAAAAGUUCCCUUUUU